AUGUCUAACUCCGACCCGAAAGCCCGGCCCAAGCCAGGGCAGUGGCCACCAGCACCGGAAUCUGCUGCAAUGCCGCCGUCUUCAUGGGCUAAACGAACUGGGUUCCGGCCCAAAUUUUCUGGCGAGACCAAUGCGAGUGAUUCUGGACAGAUUUCACUCCCUCCGAGGCCAAAAGAGCAACGGGAUGCCCAGCCGGAUCUUGAAGCGGGUCGGGUGAGGGCAACACCACCUCUACCACCACCAGCGCCGCCACCGGCCGCAGUGAACGGGACUGACAUGGUGGUGGCUGUCCCAGCAGAGAAUAAGGAUCAGACGGUGGUGAAGAGGAGGAGGGACUCUGAUGGUGGCAGUGGGGGAGCAAGGAAGGAUGGUUCGGGUCAUGGGACAAAUGGGGCGGGUACGAAUGGGGCACCGGAGGGACCGAGAAGAGCAGUGGCGAGGAAUGAGGAAGUGAUUGAUGUGGAGGAUGAUGGUUUCGCUGCAGGGAGACAUACACAUAUGAAGUAUGAGCUAAGAGACACUCCUGGUCUCGUUCCCAUUGGUCUAUAUGGGUUCCAGCAUUACCUUUCAAUGUUAGGUUCAUUGAUUCUCAUUCCACUUGUCAUAGUUCCUGCAAUGGGUGGCACUUAUGAGGAUACUUCAAUGGUGGUGUCAACAGUGCUAUUUGUUUCAGGAGUCACCACGCUUUUGCAUACCUCAUUUGGGUCAAGGUUGCCUUUGAUACAAGGCCCGUCAUUUGUUUACCUUGCUCCUGCACUGGCAAUAAUCAAUUCCCCAGAGUUUCAAGGACUAAAUGGAAAUAAUUUCAAGCAUAUUAUGAAGGAGCUACAAGGAGCUAUCAUUAUAUCUUCAGCUUUUCAAACAAUACUUGGAUAUAGUGGACUGAUGUCAGUUUUUUUAAGGUUGAUCAAUCCAGUGGUUGUUGCCCCAACUAUUGCUGCUGUUGGGCUUUCUUUCUAUAGUUAUGGUUUUCCACGAGUUGGUACCUGUCUAGAGAUUGGUGCAGUGCAGAUAUUGCUGGUUAUUAUGUUUUCUCUUUACCUACGUAAGAUAUCUGUUUUUGGCCAUCGCAUCUUUCUAGUUUACGCUGUUCCAUUGGGUCUAGCUAUCACAUGGUCGGCUGCUUUCCUUCUUACUGAAGCAGGAGUCUAUAGUUACAAAGGUUGUGAUGUAAAUGUUCCAGCAUCAAACAUUGUAUCUGACCACUGCAGAAAGCAUGUUUCCAGGAUGAAGCACUGCCGAGUUGACACUACCCAUGCACUGAAAUCUUCCCCAUGGUUUAGGUUUCCUUAUCCAUUACAAUGGGGCACUCCUGUCUUUGAGUGGAAAAUGGCUCUCGUUAUGUGUGCAGUGUCCAUCAUCUCAUCUGUAGAUUCGGUUGGCUCAUAUCAUGCAUCAUCAUUGUUGUCGGCAUCUAGGCCUCCAACCCCAGGGGUUGUUAGUCGGGGGAUUGGUCUUGAAGGCCUUUGUAGUGUCUUGGCUGGUCUAUGGGGUACUGGAACUGGUUCUACUACUCUAACCGAAAAUGUGCACACUAUUGCUGUGACUAAAAUGGGCAGCCGCAGAGCAGUUGAAUUCGGUGCAUGUGCUCUGAUCCUCUUAUCUCUUGUAGGUAAAGUUGGAGGAUUUAUUGCCUCAAUUCCUGAAGUCAUGGUUGCUGCUCUCCUUUGCUUCAUGUGGGCAAUGCUUUCAGCAUUGGGAUUAUCAAACCUGCGCUAUAGUGAAGCUGGAAGCUCUCGGAAUAUCAUCAUAGUUGGUUUAUCUUUGUUUUUCUCCCUUUCAGUACCAUCAUACUUUCAGCAAUAUGGCAUCUCUCCAAAUACAAACUUGUCUGUCCCAAGUUAUUUACAGCCAUACAUUGUGGCCACUCAUGGACCAUUCCGCAGCAAAUAUGGAGGGUUGAACUAUUUUUUGAACACAUCACUAUCCUUGCAUAUGGUGAUUGCGUUCAUUGUUGCUGUUAUCCUGGACAACACUGUUCCUGGCAGUCAGCAAGAGCGUGGGGUCUAUGUAUGGUCUGAAACUGAGGCAGCAAGGAGGGAGCCUGCCAUUACGAAAGACUAUGAAUUGCCCUUCAGAGUUGGUCGGAUUUUCAGAUGGGUAAAAUGGGUUGGACUGUGA